AUGAAGCAUGAUUUUAACCAUUGCAUAGGCCCGAUCCUUGACGAAGUUCCGAUCAAGCUAGAGACCAUCGAGGUCAAGGGAACACUCUUCAACGACUACACGCCACCCCGCAUAUGGCGUGGCCCACCAAGCAAAGAGGUUGACAAGGCAUGGGAUGAUAUGGCGCGGAUCGAAUACUUUGGCGUCAGCGGCGCAGCUCUCAGAAAGAUGGGCAAAGAUCCCAAGAUAUCCGUGUCUAUUCCGGUGGAAUGGGGUGUUGGCCCCGAUAAGUACUUAGUUGAGAUUGAUAUGCAGCAUCAAUUGCACUGUCUCAAUGCGGUACGCAAGUACGCGUAUUGGGAUUAUUAUUAUGGUGAUGCAUACAAGAAUGUUUCCAUGGCACCCAAGAGGCACCAAGCACACUUGGAACAUUGCAUCGACAUCUUACUACAAGCACUGACAUGUAACCCAUCUCUCGACUUAAUCUCGCACAACUGGAUGAAGACGCAAGAGAACCCCUAUCCGGACUUCAAUAUCAAGAGGCAGUGUGUCGCUCACGAUCCAAUUCUGAAAUGGCAGCAUGAAAACGGCAUCACGAAGCAGAUCCUGAAGUACAAAAACUUGCCCAGGCCAGAGAACUUUCCAGAGGUGGAACCAGAGCCUUCGAUCUUGUUGAUUGGUGAAGAUAUGGGUCACCACGAGUGA